AUGGAGAAGAAAGAGGGUGAAGCCCCCGUGUUGUGGUUCGAAACCUCCGACUCUGUUUGUCGUCGACACCAGUUUGAACCCGAUGGUCGACUCUCCGUAGUGGUUGUUGACGAUUCCAGGCCCUUCUACCAAAGGAUAGCUGGAUCUUUCAUGAAUAAAUUUUUUCCCUCGGGAUAUCCCUACAGUGUGAAUGAAGGCUAUCUUAGAUACACACAGUUUCGAGCCCUGCAACAUGUUACCAGUGCAACGCUAUCGGUGCUAUCAACUCAGUCCUUACUAUUUGCUGCAGGGUUGCAGCCUACUCCUGCACAAGCGACAGCAGUUAGUUGGAUUUUGAAGGAUGGAAUGCAACAUGUCGGGAAGCUAAUCUGUAGCAAUUGGGGUGCUAGAAUGGAUUCUGAGCCUAAACGUUGGAGACUGCUAGCUGAUGUGCUCUAUGAUAUAGGCAUUGGCUUGGAAGUGCUUUCUCCAUUAUGCCCGCAUCUUUUUCUUGAAAUGGCAGGCUUAGGAAACUUUGCGAAGGGGAUGGCGGUUGUUGCAGCAAGGGCAACAAGAUUGCCUAUAUAUUCUUCAUUUGCUAAAGAAGGAAAUCUCAGCGACCUAUUUGCUAAAGGAGAGGCUUUUUCAACUCUCUUUAAUGUUAUUGGAAUUGGAGUUGGAAUUCAAUUAGCAUCUUCUAUAUGUGCAUCAAUGCAGGGAAAGUUGGUUGCGGUUCCUCUCCUUACAAUUAUACAUAUAUACAGUGUGUCUGAAGAAAUGAGAGCAACUCCUAUCAAUACCUUGAAUCCACGAAGAACUGCAAUGGUUGUGGAUGAUUUUCUCAAGGCAGGAAUUGUUUCAAGCCCUGCUAGUCUAAGAUAUAGGGAAAAUCUGCUCUUUAAUCUGCAACUCAAAGAAGAUACUGGAAAUGUAAGAGUUGGGAAUGCUAUGCACAAGGCCAUUAAGCCUUCAAGGCUUCUUGAAUUAAAACAAGUGUUCUCUGAGGAGAAGUUUCUUUUAAACUUCGGUCAUAAAUGCAUUGACAUGGUAUUGGAGCAAGAUGCUACUGGUGAAGAUGCAUUGAGAGGGUGGCUAGUUGCUGCAUAUGCUGCACAAGUUGAGAGUUCCUCUCUUCAUGAGCUCAGUGCUAGUGUCAUGCAUGAGGCUUAUGAGAAAAUGAAUGCUGUCUUUCCUGUUUUCUUGAAAGAAUUGCAGAACAAAGGGUGGCAUACUGAUCGAUUUUUGGAUGGAACUGGGAGCCGUUUUGCAUUAUAG